AUGGCGUCGACUGCGGACCAGAAGCUGCUGGAGGCGUCCAAGAAGCAUCCGAUCCGGGCCAACCACGUGUACAAGUAUGGCACGGCGGGAUUCCGGAUGAACGCGGACCUGCUCGACGGCGUGACGUUCCGGGUCGGGCUGCUGGCGGGGCUGCGCAGCCGCAAGUUGAGCGGACAGGCGAUCGGGGUGAUGAUCACGGCGAGCCACAACCCACCAGCCGACAACGGGGUCAAGAUCGUGGACCCGAUGGGCGAGAUGCUGGAGCAGGAGUGGGAGGGAUAUGCGACGAAGCUGGUGAACGCGCCGUCGGACGAGGCGCUGCUGGACCUGUACCACAAGCUGGCGACGACCCUGAAGAUCGACCUGACAGCACCGGCACGCGUUGUGUACGGACGCGACACGCGGCCGUCGGGACACACGCUGGCAGCAGCGGUGGCGGACGCGCUGGCAGCGACGGACGUGGUGGCACGGGACUACCGCAUCGUGACGACGCCGCAGCUGCACUACCUGACGCGCUGCACCAACACCGAGGGCACGCCGCUGGCCUACGGCAAGGUCAGCGAGGCGGGCUACUACGAAAAGCUGAGCGAUGCGUUUGCACGGGCGCUGCGUGGCCGCAAGAUUGCCGGUCCGCUGGCCGUCGACUGUGCCAACGGCGUGGGCGGGCCCAAGCUGCAGGAACUGCUCAAGCUGAUCGACAGCAGCAAGCUGGACGUGCACGUGCUCAACGCUGACGUGUUGCGACCUGAGGUGCUGAACCUCGACUGCGGUGCCGACUUUGUCAAGACGAAACAGCGGGCACCACCUACGCCGAAGCCGGUGCCUGGCCUGCGCAGCUGCUCGUUUGACGGCGAUGCUGAUCGGCUGAUCUACUACUGGCUCGACCCCGAAGCCGGCUUUGUCAUGCUGGAUGGCGAUCGGAUCUCCUCGCUUGCAGCCUCCUUUAUUGCCGAUCUCGUGCGGGCGGCCGGUCUUGCUGACGACCUCCGCAUCGGCGUCGUCCAGACGGCUUAUGCCAAUGGCGCGUCCACGGCCUAUAUCACCCAGCAUCUCGGACUGCCGGUCGUCUGCACGCCUACCGGUGUCAAGCAUCUUCACCAUGCCGCCUGCCGCUUCGACGUCGGCGUCUACUUUGAGGCCAACGGCCAUGGCACCGUGCUCUUUUCCGCCGACGCCGUCCAGGCCUUUGCCGCCACCCAGCCUCAGUCGCCCGCCCAGAAGGAAGCCCUUGACACUCUCGCUGCCGUCGCUGAUCUGAUCAACCAGACGGUCGGCGACGCCAUCUCCGACAUGCUCCUUGUCGAGGUCAUCCUCGCCCACAAGGUCUGGACCCUCCGCGAUUGGGCCCAGACGUACUCCGAUUUACCCAAUCGGCUCGUCCGCGUCGAGGUCCUCGACAAGGAUGUCUUCCAGACUACCGACGCCGAGCGCCGCCUCAGCCACCCCUCCGGCGCCCAGGACGAGAUCGAUCAGUGCGUUCGCAAAUAUACCAGCGCCCGCUCCUUUGCCCGCGCUUCCGGCACCGAGAAUGCCUGUCGUGUCUACGCUGAGGCCGCCACCCGUGUUGAGGCCGACGAGCUUGCCAAGCAGGUCGCCCGCAUCGUCUCUCACUACGGUGGCAGCACUUGA